UAUUAAAACACCCCUCUACCACAAAUUAACACUAGCAUCUUUUUUUUUUCUCUCUUUUGCUGUGAAGUUAAUUAAGCAGACAAAAAACAUGGGCUCACAGACCUUCAUAGAAGUGUUGCUGGCCAUUCUUCUUCCACCAGUGGGUGUUUUUCUUCGCUAUGGCUGUGGGGUGGAGUUUUGGAUCGAUUUAGUGCUCACGCUGUUGGGUUACAUCCCAGGAAUUAUAUAUGCAGUUUACGUGAUAGUUCGAUGAUCAUGUCCCUUUGAAUCAGAUCAGCCUACAUCUUAAUCUGUUCAUGCGAUGGUCUUUCUUUCUUUCUUUCUUUCUUACCAUUGGAGUUUUUAACCCUUUGUUUCUUGUUUUUUAAAUUCUUUUGUUACUUUUAUGGCAUGGCAUAGUAUAAUGUCUCUUCCAUUUUUCAUUUAUAUUGGAUCACAUU